AUGGUGACUCAGCUGGUGAAGACAGCAGAGCUGUCCCCCAGCCAGAACUACGUGCUGGGGGCCCACCCCCACGGGGUCAUGUGCACCGGAGCGUUCUGUAACUUCACCACCGAGUGCAAUGACUUCUCACGGCUCUUCCCGGGGCUGCAGCCCUGGCUAGCCACACUGGCCGGCCUCUUCUACCAUCCUGUGCUCCAAGAUUACAUCACAUUCACAGGCAUCUUCCUGGACACAGCCUGGACCCUGGCAGAGGGGACGCCUGUGACCCCACCUGGAGCCCUGCAGGCAGAGGGAGGCACCGGGAUGGCCGACGCCACAGCCUCCACGCCCCCUCGCCCUGUGAAGACGCUGAAGAAGCAGUGGCUGGAAGUACUAGGCGCCAUGCACUAUGUGCUUGCUUUCGUGGUCCUAGUCCCUUUCUCCAUUGUUCUUCUCCUCUUCCUCCUCUUCACACGGCUCUGGCCUCUGUCUGUUCUCUACAUGCUGUGGAUCUACCUGGACAGGCACACACCCAGCCAAGGGGGACGGCUGUGGAAGUGGACAAGGACCUGGGCCAUCUGGAAACACCAAAGGGAUUACUUUCCUAUCAAGCUGGUGAAGACAGCAGAGCUGCCCCCCAGCCAGAACUACGUGCUGGGGGCCCACCCCCACGGCAUCAUGUGCACCGGAACGUUCUGUAAUUUUACCACUGAGUGCAAUGACUUCUCCCGGCUCUUCCCAGGGCUGCAGCCCUGGCUAGCCACACUGACCAGGGUCUUCUACAUCCCAAUCUUCCGGGACUACAUCAUGACUGCUGGACUGCGUCCCGUGAGCCGCCAGAGCCUGGACUUUGUCCUCUCUCAGCCCCAGCGGGGCCAGGCAAUGGUCAUCAUGAUUGGAGGAGGCAAGGAACUCUUCUCCACGGCCCCAGGACGGCACUUGGCCAAGCUCCAUGAUCGCAAAGGCUUCGUGCGCCUGGCACUGAGACAUGGGGCCUCCAUGGUACCUGUGUACUCCUUUGGGGAGAAUGACAUCUUCAAAACUAAGGCUUUUAUCGAAGGCUCCUGGCAGCACCUGUGCCAGUCCCUCUACCAUGAGAUCGUUGGUUUGCCUUUCUACAUCUUCUGGGGCCGUGGUCUCUUCUCACCCAACUCCUGGGGUCUGCUGCCCCUGCCCGUGCCCAUCACCACCGUGGUGGGCGGCCCCAUCCCCGUGCCCCAGUGCAGCAAUGCCAGCGAGGAGCAAGUUGACCACUACCACAGGCUCUACAUGGACGCCCUGGAGCGGCUGUUUGAGGAGCACAAGGAGAGCUGCGGGGUCCCUGCCUCCACCCGCCUCACCUUCUUCUAG